CAACUGCCACUACCAGUGAACCAACAGCAACCACAUCAACCAUGGAAGCAACAACUGCCACUACUAGUGAACCAACAGCAACCACAUCAACCAUGGAAGCAACAACUGCCACUACCAGUGAACCAACAGCAACCACAUCAACCAUGGAAGCAACAACUGCCACUACUAGUGAACCAACAGCAGCCACAUCAACCAUGGAAGCAACAACUGCCACUACCAGUGAACCAACAACACCCACAUCAACCAUUGAAGCAACAACUGCCACUACCAGUGAACCAACAGCAGCCACAUCAACCAUGGAAGCAACAACUGCCACUACUAGUGAACCAACAGCAACCACAUCAACCAUGGAAGCAACAACUGCCACUACCAGUGAACCAACAGCAACCACAUCAACCAUGGAAGCAACAACUGCCACUACCAGUGAACCAACAGCAGCCACAUCAACCACGGAAGCAACAACUGCCACUACCAGUGAACCAACAGCAGCCACAUCAACCAUUGAAGCAACAACUGCCACUACCAGUGAACCAACAGCAAUGACCACAGACCCACCAACUGAUUCUGACACUUGCGGUGGACCAGGAUGGACGAGAGUGGCCUACAUUAACAUGACCGACCCCAACCAACAAUGCCCUCAAGGACUUCAACUGACAGACUAUUCAAGAAAAUCAUGUGGUCGAACACCAACGUUUGACGGUAGUGUUUGCUCAUCUGUCAUGUUUCCAGUGAGUGAUGUCCAAUACAGGCAGGUGUGUGGGAGAGCAAUAGGUUAUCGGUUUGGAAAACCCUUAGCAUUCUUAGAAUACCACAUGUAUGGUAGGAAUAUCGAUGUUGCAUAUGUCGAUGGACUCAGUGUCACGCAUGGGCAAUCUCCACGCACACAUAUCUGGACGUUUGCCAGUGGUCUGUUCAAUGGAACCAGUGGUGACAUUUUCCCUAACUAUCGCUGUCCUUGUGAUGAGGGAAAUACAUAUGGUUCUCCUCCAUUUGUGGGAAAUGACUACUUUUGUGAUAGUGUGGCCACACUUACUAACUAUGGUGUAAACGGGUUUCGUUUCUAUCCCGACAAUGCGCUGUGGGAUGGUCAGUCGAGCCUCAACACAUGUUACAAUAACAAUAAUCCUCCGUGGUUUACGAAAACUCUAUCAACUCCAACUACUGAUGACAUUGAGCUACGAAUGUGUUUCAAUGAUGACAGCACACAUUCUAACAUGGGACUUCAGCUCUUGGAACUAUACGUCAGUUGAAGUGAUUGUGAGAAAUGCUGAUAACUUUUAGUUUAUUAACUAGACAACUCUCAAGUUUAGCUGCAUGAGUGAGAACAAAGAAAUGAACACUAUAUAUACCUAGCAUUCUCGUAUUGUAGACUAUAGCUAUAUAAUUAGUUUGUUGCAUGUUUGCCACAACGCAACUAUUUUCAUUUAGAUUAUAGUCGUAUGAUGUACUAUUACUGCACUGGAAAUU